AUGAUCUUGCCUAAUCCACGAAGCCGCAUUGCCGAAUUAGCAGCCGCUGUUGCGCAGCAUACUCAAUGCGUGGACGACUACCUCACCGAGAACAGCUUACCGCAUCCAUCUUUCCACGUCGACGGCCCAGCUGAACUUGAAUUACCACCAGAGAUCGAAGAGGCACGCCGACAUGUUCUCCAAGCGAGCCAAGAGCUGAACGAUCUGCUCCAAAAACCGAAGGACUUGCUGUUCAACCAUCAGCACAACUUGCUAGCCUACCUCAAAUUUAUCUCUCGAUACAAUAUCGCGAACAAGGUACCUGUUGAUGACGAGGUCGCGUUCAAAGAGCUCGCAAGUGACAUUGGUAUCGAUGAAGGAGCUGUCAGCCGCAUCCUUCGUCUUGCCAUCGCACACCGCAUUUUCUGCGAGCCUCGGCCUGGCUUUAUAGCUCAUUCCGCAGCCUCCAGGCAGAUAGCAGACGAUGCGCGAGUUGCUGAUUGGGUUGGCGCGAAUGUGGACGAGAUGUGGCCGGCUGCCGAGAGGCUCGUGGAUGCCCUCGAGAGAUGGCCUCAAGCUGCCGAGCCAAACCAGACUGGUUUCUCUCUUGCCCACAACACCGAUCUUUCCUUCUAUGCGACCUUGGAACACGAGCCUGAACGAGCCCGACGCUUUGGGGGCGCCAUGAGCUUCUUCACCACCGGAGAGGGAUACUCUUUACGCCAUCUGACUGAUGGGUAUCCAUGGGAUUCGAUUGCACCUGGGACUGUUGUCGAUUUAGGUGGCUCUCAUGGCGAUGCAGCUUUCGCACUAGCACUCAAGUACCCAUCUCUCCGUCUAAUUGUUCAGGAUCUACCUGCGGCGAUUGCCAACUCAAAGGAAAACAAAGAAACGCGCGUCAAGUUCAUGGCGCAUGACUUCUUUGAGGAGCAACCUGUGAAAGACGCAGACGUAUACUACUACCGAUGGACAUUACACAACUGGUCUGACAAGUAUUGUAUCAAGACGCUCAAGGCUUUGUCGUCAGCGUUGAAGAAGGGCUCAAGAGUGUUGAUCAUGGAUGUAGUGAUGCCUCCGCCCGGCGCACUUCCCAACGAUCUCGAUCGAAAGCUCAGGGCUAUGGAUCUUACCAUGUUGGAGACCUACAACUCCAAAGAGCGCGACCUGGACGAGUGGAAAGCCCUUCUUAGAGAAGCUGAUGCAAGACUCAAGUUCCGUAACUUGUAUCAACCACCUGGCUCAACUUUUGCGAUAAUUGAAGCGGUAUGGGAUUCCUAA